AUGUUUGCUAUAGCGGAGCAAAAGAUUGAAACGUUGUUACCUCUCCCUGAAGAAGACGUUACAUCAUUGUUCUACCGGAUGAGCGAUAUGAAUCAUUAG